UUGCAAGACCAAAAUGAGAUCCUUGACCAACACAAUGAAAUACGGAGAUCUGUGACUCCCACAGCCGCUAACAUGGUGAAGAUGGUGUGGAGUGAGAAAGCAGCUGAAAUGGCUCAGAAAUGGGCAGAUAAGUGUGAGAUGACAUUCAGUCCAAGCAAGGAGAGAGUCCUUAAUGGUGUCGUCUGUGGUGAGAAUGUAUUAAUGUCAUCUAACCAAAGAACAUGGCCUGAAAUAAUUGCAGUCUGGCAGAGUCAGUCCUCCAAUUUCAAGUACGGACGUGGAGCAACCACAAAAAAUGCCGAUAUCGAGAACUAUACUCAGAUGAUCUGGUACAACAGUUACCAGAUUGGAUGUGCAGUUGCCCACUGUCCUACGAAGACAUUUAAGUACUUUUAUGUUUGCGAAUACUGUCCUGCAGGAAAUAAUCCAAUGCAAAUAGAUACACCUUACAAAAGUGGACCACAAUGUGCAGACUGUCCCGGUCACUGUGACAGAGGGCUUUGCACCAAUCCUUGCAAGUAUUACAACUUCUUUGCAAACUGCGAAAGCCUGAAAAACUCGCUUGGCUGUGACAACGCACUGGUGAAGGACAAGUGUUCUGCUAGCUCCCUUGACACCAACAUGAGGUUCAAGUUCUCGAUCACGGCUCUUCUUCUGGAAGUGAUCAUCAUUGUUUUGUUUGGGAUAUUUGUGGAAUACGACAACAGUGAUCCUUCUGAAAAUUUAUACCCAC